AUGGCGGCCCAAACGCCGGCCCCAGCUCCGUGGGAAGCUGUCCCGGCUCACCACCAGCUGUUUGUCCUCAUCACCGGCGCAAACAGCGGAAUCGGCCUCGGCACCGCCCAAGUCCUGAUUGACGACUUCCUCCGCUCGCGCCCGCCCGCGUCGCACCUCAUCGUGCUGCCCACCACCCGCUCGAGCCGCAAGUCGCUCGAGACGGUGCGGGAGCUGCGCGCCUACGCCGUCGCGGCGGCCAAGACGUGGGCCCAGGGCCGCGGCCCCGGCCCCGGCUGCGCGUGGCAGGACGCCGUGGCCCGCGUCCACAUCCUCAGCCUGGCCCUCGACCUGUGCGACCUGCGUGCCGUGCGGCGGCUGGCGCGCACCCUGCGCUGCGGCACCGUCAGCAACCCCGACGGCCUCGACGGCGAGUACCUCCGCAACGUGAGGAUCCCGCGCCUCGACAGCGUCGUCUGCAACGCCGCCUACGGCGGCUGGUCCGGCAUGGACUACCCCCGCGCCGCGCGGUCCCUGCUCGCAAGGGGCCUCGUCCAGAUCGCCACCUGGCCCGACUUCAAGCUGGCCCUGCCGACGUGCAUCUUGAACGAGAGGCCCGUCUACGGCUACCCCGACAAGCCCUUGCUCGGCGAGGUGUUUUGCGCGUGCGUCUUUGGCCACUACAUGCUCGCGCGCAACCUCCUCCCCCUGCUCAGCCGGCCGGGCGGCGCCGGCCUCCCCCCCGCCCGCAUCGUCUGGUCCAGCAGCGUCGAGGCCGUCCAGCGAGUCUUUGACAUUGACGACAUGCAGUGCUUCGAGCGCCCCGAAGCCUACGAGUCGGCCAAGCGCCUCACCGACCUCGUCUGCCUGACCGCCUCCCUCCCCGCGACCCGCCCCUACACCUCGCGCUUCUUCGCCCUCGACAACGACGACGGCAAAGACAACGGCGACAACGACGACGACAGCGGCGCCGCCGUCCCGCCCAACAUGUACCUCACCCACCCGGGCGUGGUGGCCAGCACGCUGUUCCCCCUGCCCUGGUUCCUCUUCGGCCUCUACCGCCUGGCUCUCGAGGUCUGCCGCUGGCUCGGCUCCCCCUGGCACAACGUCACCGGCUACCGGGGCGCCAAGGCCGCCGCCUGGGUCGCCCUGCAGCCCCAGGAGGCCCUCGACCACCUCGCCGCUCAGCGCGUCAAGUGGGGCAGCAGCACCGACGCCCGCCUCCGCGUCCACGUCAAGAAGACCGAGGUCGAGGGCUGGGGCUGGGACGGCAGCCCCGAGACGGCGCAGGCCCUCCAGGCCGACUGCGCCGUGGGCGUCCUGCGCAAGGCUGUGGGCAGGAAGCUCGGCGCCGCCUUCACCACGGCCGACGACCUUGUCGAGUUUGAGGCCCUGGGCGCGCGGUGCUGGAAUCAGCUGGAGGAGCUGAGGGCGCAGUGGGACGAGAUACUGGACCGUGAUGGGCCGUGA